AUAUUUUGUUGGUAGACUUCGUUUCUUCCAUCAGAUUAUCGUUUGGGUUCAAAUGAGUUAUAUGAAGGACUACGAAUUGACUAAUGAGGAGCAGCACUUUAAUAUGAAAUAUGAAAAUACUGGCACUGAUUUUGACAAGAACAAUGACGUGACAUUUUAAGCUCAAGUUCUUUUCUACUUUGAAGCCGUUGGUCGUUACUGUCACUUCAUAUUAAUGGCUCAAAGCUUUCUUGUGACACAAUUAAACGUUAAUAAUCCACACGAAAAGUGAAAAUUGUCCAAUGUGAGACUAAACUUAAAUUUAAUUCAUAAAAACCCAGGCGAAUAAUAAAUACUUUGAGAUAUUUAAGUAAUUUCUAUCAUUAAGUCAGAAAUAAACUGCAAACAACGAAUAUGAAACUCCACCCACAUAGGCGAUUCCACGGAAAAUUAUUAGGUGUUUUAUACACUCUUAAUGUGUAUACAGCAUAAAGCGGCUAUAACCAAUAACAGUAAAGUAGGGUUGAGCUAACAACCUACAACCACUUUACAAGAACAACCAGCCCGUAAAGACCAAUGAGAAUAAAUUGAAAAGAAGUAGGCAGGGCGACACCUUUUUCUACGAGCCGUGACUACUGUUUUUAGGGGUUGUUUUGAUAGUCGAAAAGAGCGAACCCCAAGGAGCGAGCAAUUUAGCUACAGCUUAUACUAUUACAUUAAGUAUUUUAAUUAUAUAAAAUUAUGUUUAUUUAAUUGAAUGGAAAAUUUGUAUUAAAUAUUAUUACUAUUGGCUCAAAUGAGGAAAGUUUUUCUUUAGAUUGAAUACGUUUGCCCAAUGUAGUGUAAUUAUGUUUUUAAUAAUAAUCAAAAAAUCUUGGAAUUUAUAAGUUAUAUAUGCAGGGAUCAAUUGUAGGUUAAGAUGGGGAAUUAAUUGUACUAUUAAUUGUAUGUUUAAGUAUGUGCCAAUUGCAAUACAUAUUUUGCAUCACGGUUGUUGAUUUAAGGAAUGUGUCUUCUCUCCCAGUGAUGUAUCUUUCUCAUAAAAAAAGCAAUGUGAUUGCAUGAAGCUGAGCUAAAUGGCAUGCGCAGCAGACAAGAGCGGCAUAGAACUUUUCUGAAAUGAGUACAGACUCAUCUCUGUGUUAGUUUUUAUUUGGUUUGGAAAAGGACCUGUAAUGCUAUUGGCGUUUCAUGCCGAGUAGUCGACCGUUUUAUUUUGUAAGAGCAACUAUGUAUCGGAGUAAAAGUGCUGUGAAGAUUUUAACAUUAAAGAAACCAUAAUAUCGUCUAAAUCUGAUUGCUAACGAAAAUGGAGCAAUUAGCACAGUUUGUAAACAAAUCGUUUGAAUUUAAUUUAACUCAUAAUCGGGUUAAUCAUUUGUUUAACUCAAUGACAAGUGCUCGUGUUCAUAAACUAACCGACGCAACAGCAAAGCAUAUAUUAGUCAACACAAAUAGAUUGGGAAGAAUUUCCGUCGAUAAUUGCACCAAUGAGGACGAAUCCAUGGAUAUUGAUAUAACCGAUGUUUCUGUUGCGGAAGAAAGCAGCUCUGAAGAUAAAUCGAUCCUACCAAAACCUUUAUCAUUAGUAAAACUUCGUUCGCUACAGCAGCAAUCAAUUGCAACUAUCUCCAAUAAUGAACAUUUAUGUAAGACUGAUCCUGCUCCUAAGCCCAAAAACUGGUUAAUUUCUGAUCUAUUGGUGUCCGACGCACAUUGGGAAGAAAUGAAAACUUCUGCAACAAUUACAAUCAACUUAAACGAAAGUUCGAAUGAUAGUAAUUCUCCAGAAAUAUCAUUGCAUAAGGUGGUCCCUUCUGAAAAAUCUUUAUCUCCGGAACCACAAACAACAAUAGGGGAAAAUGUAGCCCGAUUAGAACCUUCAGGACUUAGUAGUAAACAGCGACGAUCACGAACCAACUUUACGCUUGAGCAGCUCAACGAACUAGAAAGACUUUUCGAAGAGACCCACUACCCAGAUGCCUUUAUGCGAGAGGAAUUAAGCCAGCGAUUGGGACUCAGUGAAGCACGAGUGCAGGUUUGGUUUCAAAACAGAAGAGCCAAAUGUCGAAAACAUGAAAAUCAAAUGCAUAAAGGUAUAUUACUAAGCAGCCGAAGCCCGCCGGUGUCAACGCCUCUCGAGCCUUGCCGAGUGGCACCUUAUGUAAACUUGGCUACUAUCCGCAAUACAAAUACGUCUAUUAUGCCAUCAACUAACGCUUUAAGCAGUGUGCAGCAUCAAUCCGGGAAAAGUGCCGUCAGCAUUGUAAAUAAUCGGGCUCCGUCACCAGCGGCUGUAGUGUCGGCCGCAGCUGAACACUUUUCCGGCAGCGUUGCAGCAGCAGCAGCAUUUUCCGCCUUCGAUCCAGCAAUUUUAUCCGCUGCUGCACACCAGUAUGCGGCGGCAAUAAGUAAUAGAAGCAGACCCGCUGGACUUUUCGCAUUGCCGCAGUAUCCGCUUCAUUUGGCCGCAUUUGCCGCAGCGCACAAGAAUUCCAGCAUAGCGGAUUUACGAAUGAAGGCUAAGAAGCACUCCGAGUCAUUGGGCCUUGAAGCAGAUAUAGUUAUUUAGUACAUACUUUACGAACUAAAUUAGAGUAAGACUAGUCUAGAGUUGUCUAGUUUAAGCAAUCUACUAUUUUAUUGAUAUUGAAACAAUUGCAAUAAUUACAUUUACCAUACU